AUCAGGAGCGCUUAUAUUGUUGGUGACACCAUCACCAGUGAAACGAAGUUGCUUAGCUGUUUCUCACGAUUUGUAGGUAUCUAAUGAAACUUGGGAACUGCGGAAUCAACUUCUAGCCAUCUCUAUUUCCACAGUGUUAAAUUUGUCGUCGUGAGCUUAUGUUGUCGUACCGGUUUAAAACUGUAAGGUGGUUUGGACUUGUGAACGUUUAGAAGUUUAAGUAGUGUACUUCAAAUCUAUAAGAUUUUCGUAACGAAACCUUUAAGGACGGCUGAACAUGAAGAACUAUCAAUGCCAAAUUAGUUUAUGUGACUUGUUUAGGAUCAAACAACUGUAUAUCGAACUCCCAGCGUUAAAUUUGAACUAAGAACGUGCAGGUCUUCAUCUUGAAUUUGAACGACUGCUAACGUGAUUAACACGUGUAUUCCAAGUCACAGUAAUUUAACGGGCUUCGCUGUUGAGUCAGCGAACGUAAGUUUUUUUUUCUGGUCUUUCGCGAGUUGAAUGUUGCUGAACGUAAAUAUAAUAAAUCAAAGUGUAGUCAUUUUCACAGCUAAAAUUGCUAGAAUUACAGGCAGUGAGUGAUCGCCAAACGUGGGGGCCAUGAAUAUUCCUUAAUCAAACUAUUCUUAGGUGAAGAAGAGCAAACGUUAAAUUAAGAUCUAUUAUCGCGUUGGAAACUAUUGACAUUUAAUAGCAUCAAGUGCAACAAAAAGUAUCGAUAUAUUCCAUAAAACCUUAUUACGAUGUACAGUUAUCAUUGUCACGGAUUUGCAACGAAGUCUGUAAGAAUAAGUAUUGUUUUCGGGUGUUAAAUUGUAAUACGUGAACAGACAUUUCUAACUUAAGUGUCUCAGCAUUACAUUUACAUCUAUUUUAUUUAACUACGAAGUGUGUGAAGCAAUGUGUAAUUAGUCCAUUACAACUUACACCCCGACUAGAAAGAAAAAUUGUAAACUUGCCCUUCCGACGCCACAGACUGACCUAGCGAUGGCUGGACAAGAGAAUACCACAGACCCACUUCGCUCCACGUCUAACUCGAAGAUCUUCAAACAGUACAGGUGUCGUCUCCCUGUUCCAGUAUUUUCCAGAAAUGAAUCUGGCAUAUGGAGUAUUUUAAAACAUUGUAUGGGAAAGGAUUUAUCAAAGAUUACCAUGCCAGUUGUGUUCAAUGAACCACUCAGUUUUCUCCAGCGGCUCACGGAGUACAUGGAAUACAGUUUCUUGUUACAAAAAGCUAAUGAAUGUGAUGAUCCAUUAGAUAGAAUCCAGUAUGUUGCAGCUUUCGCUGUUUCUGCAUUAGCAUCAAACUGGGAAAGAUUGGGAAAACCUUUCAAUCCUUUGCUUGGAGAAACCUAUGAAUUAGUUAGGGAAGAUAUUGGUUUUAGGAUUGUAUGUGAACAGGUUAGCCAUCAUCCUCCCAUCAGUGCUUUCUAUGCUGAUUCUCCACAUUAUAUUUUCCAUGGAUCCAUAUAUCCCAAGCUCAAGUUCUGUGGAAAGACUUUGGAAAUAAAACCAGAAGGGAUGCUUACUGUCAAACUUUUAAGACACGAUGAAACAUACACAUGGACCAAUGUAACUUGCUGUGUCCAUAAUAUAAUAGUAGGAAAACUCUGGUUUGAGCAGUAUGGCAUGUUAGAGUUGACUGGUCAUGACACUGAUCUUAGUGUUGUUCUCAACUUUAAACAAGCAGGUUGGUUUUGUAAAGAUUUGCACCGGAUAGAAGGAUUUGUAUAUAAUAAGCAGAAGACAAAACUUCGUUUUCUGUAUGGAAAAUGGACAGAAUAUCUGAAGAGUGCUGAAGUUGAAGCAUAUGAAGAUUAUAUUCACACACAUCCAAAACAAUUUUGUCCUCCUGACAGAGCACAACCUCUAAGUGUCCAGAACACCUCAUUGUUUAGUAAUAUUCCAACAAGCAGUCCAGUUCACACUCCAAAGAAAAUAGUAGAAAAAUUUCAUAGUUUUACAAGGUCUUUUUCAAGCAGUAGCAGUGGAUGCAAAACAGUUAGUACAGAAUUUUCAAGCAUGCUGUCUAUGCCUGUCAAAGAUGAUGUUAAUGGUAUAAUACCUAAAAGUGAUUCUUCUUUAUCAUUGGACAUACUUAAUUCUGUAAUACUGUGGCAAGCUGAUCCCAGACCUGAAUACUCUGCUGAGUAUUACUACUUUACACUGUUUGCCAUGGCUCUAAAUGAAUUAGAUGAUGACUUGAGACAUCAACUUCCUCCUACCGACUCUCGUUUAAGGCCAGACAUUCACAAACUUGAACUUCGUGACAUUGGUGGUUCAAACAAGAAGAAAGUCAACACACUAAGACUAAUGAUUGGAUUUAUGCUGGAGGCUACUGGGAACGAGAAUUUUCUUCUUGUCCAGAUAUUUUUUGAUAGUAUAUGA